AUGAAUGAUCCUUACCAUCACAGAAAGCACUAUCUUGGCGCCAGGCCUGAGUCUGGCCAAUAUCAAAGCCAGCAUUUAGCCCAGUGUGCAACCCAGCAGCCACCGCAGCAAUCACUCGAGAAUCCAAUCCAUCAAUCAUUCGAGGAUCUAGAAGAGCACCCAGACGAGAGCUCAGACGAGGACCCAGACGAAGACCCAGACGAAGACCCAAUUGAGUAUUCAGACGGAGACACAGGUGAGGAUGUGGAGGAGGACAUAGAGGAAGACAUAGACGAGGGCUCGGACGAGGGCUCAGAUGAUUAUCAAGUGGAUGAUCGAAACGAGCAAUCAUUCGAGGACCCAGAUCUAUAUCUCUACCGAGCUUCCGAUGCUCAACGAGCCCGUGGUGGCUACCAGACAGUGGGAACAGCACCAGUCACCCGGGCCUUCAGGAGUCUAGGUUUCACGUCCUUGGACGCCCAGCCCGGCCCCAGCCAGCCAGGUGCCACUUCUCACGCGGCAGGUACUUGGGCCCGUGACCUUGGGCUUCCAGCGCUCCCUGAUCCUAUGCCGAAUCCAUUUGGGUCGGCUGAGCAAGAAAUCGGGUAUGAACUGUCCGCCCCAGAGUCAAAUUUGGGCAUGAGCCAAGAGUGGGAUGUGCGGACGGCGCUUGCCUACGGCGGCCACAUCGACGAGAUAGCCGAGCGGGCGGAACGCCCCGUCCCAUUGGUCCAAGACUUUAUUCUGUCGAAGAAUCUGGUGUGGACACCUGAACAAGACGCCGAGCUAAGAGCAGUGGUGGACCAGGGCGGUACGAUGUCUGUCAUCCAGGAACGUCUUGGUAGUCUUCCAGGAGGCCCAAUGAGAUUGGAUGAUGAGAUCAAUGCUCGUGUCUGGUGGCUGGGGAGUGGGGACCGGUCUGCUCAGCGAGCUGGGCUGGCCGGCGACCCUCAGAACGACCCCCGACAGUUUCCUGUGGAUUGCCGGCCCGGCGAGCCUCUGCCACAACAGGCCGACCAAGAGUCUGCCGCUGAGACCACGCCAGCUCCCGGAGGAAUCAUACAUUGGAAUCAAGACGAGACCAGGAAACUUCGGGAGUGGGUAGCCCAACAUGAAGAGAGCUUAGGCGGCAUGUGGGAAAACGUGGAAAAUGAGUUCCCCGGUCGGACCAGGGCUGCGUGUAGAAAAAAGUGGACUUCCUUGAACAAAGACAGCCUUGAAUCAGACAGCCGUCACUAUGCGCGAGAUUUGCCAUCAACGGACAUCACCUUCCUCAAGAAUGAAAAUGCCAAGGGUGUCCCAGUCGAGAGGCUUAUUGCGGACCGCUAUUCUGGCUACCGUGGAGGGGGCGUAAUGAGGAUGCUACGCUCGAAAGGGUGGUCAAAAUGGACACGAGAAGAAGACGAGCAGGUGCGUGGACUGCAACGAGGGGAGGGUGAUGAGUGGGCUCAGAUCAGCAACAGCCCUGCCGGUAAAUCGCGAAGCAGACAAGAGGUAAUCAACCGUUAUGAAUUCCUCACAGGCGGUCGACGCAACAAAAAGACGCGGAAGGGACCUUUCCGCUGGACCGACACAAUCAACAAGGAAUUGGAGCUAAAACUAGCUCAAGGCAUGACUUACGCAAGUGUGGCCAAUGAGGGAUUUUACGACUUGGACAGGGGCAGCGUCAGAUCGCAUGCCCUUCGCAUACGCGUCAACUGGACAGACGAAGAUGACGCUAAGCUGAGGGAUAUGAACUUGGAACCUGAUGCCAAUUUUGACUGGGACUCUGUCGGCCGACUGUACGACCCAGAGCGCGGAGGGGAAGCGGUAAAGGUUCGAUGGGAGGUCCUACACGGACGUGCCACUGCCCAGGUUGCCAGGUUGCCAGAUGCCGGCAAGUUCAACGAUGACGACAAUUACAACAUCUGCAUCGCGAUCGCUGCGGGCGAUACGUGCUCCGCUAUCAAAGACAAUUGGUUCCUGGAUCGAGAGGACGUCACUGCUGAUGAUUUGGAAGCCCAAGCAUAUGCUAUACACGCAAUCUGGGAAAGGGAUGACGACGACCGGCUGCGUGAGUCUGAGGUUCAUCCAGAUGCGUCUGAUGAAGACCUGAGCAGGCUUAAAGACCAGAGUUUCGCGGGUCCCAGCUCUUCGUCAGCACAGCAAUGCGGCGGCCCUCAAAUGCCGCCUCAGAUGUUCCUUGGCAACGAGGCGGGCGACGCGGAGCAAAGUGAUAGCGAGGCUGACGUUCAGGUGCCAGGUAACAGUGAAUGGGACGACCAGCGACAAGCCGGCCGCGUGUUGAACGACCAGGAGCAAGCUGUCGGCGGUGCCUGCCGCCGGCGGCGUGUGCACACCUCCAACCGUCACCUAGAACCUCGCGAAAUGGAAGACAUCAAAAUCAAAUCUGCCGACGGUUACACGAUGUCCCAAAUAUCCGAAAAGUUUUAUCCUGACUGCAGCCCGGGGUAUAUAAGAGGUCGGCUCAGGGAGAAGUGGGGACAAUGGACGCGAGAGCAAGACCAAAAGUUGCUUGAAUUACACCCGGUGGAGGGUGACAACUGGGCUGCAAUUAGCAGCAAGCUUCCUGGCGCGCCGAGAAACGCAGAGGAGGUUCAGACUCGUUUCAGCCGCCUCAAAAAGGACGAAGACGUCCGGACGCAGCAUAAGCAAUCGCGUGGACGCCAUCAAUACACCGACGAGGACGAUGAUGAUAUGAGGCGCCGACUAGCUCAAGGCACGAGUUGUGGAGAAUUAGUCGGGGUGAAGAGGUUCCGAAACUUGACCAGGCAAAAUCUAGCAAAGCACGCCAAGCUGAUAGGUGCUGGUUGGAGUAAGGAUGAUGACAAGAAGCUAUGGAAUUACGUCCAGGGAUAUGAGGAUCAUGAUAUGGUGGCGACCAGCAGCAAUUUCACGGGUUGCUUGUGA